CCCAAGACGCUGUGUAUGAAAGCUCCAGAGAAUGACACUCUGCACAUUUGCAGCAUUCUCCACAUCUUCACUGUACUGAAACUCUCCCACUGGGACACACCUCUUCAGACAGGUCUCUCCGGUCAACCCGCCCAACUCGUCAAAGCGCAUGCGCAGGCGAUAGACUUUAAAAGGCUGAGACAGCGGCAGUAGCAGCCACGGGGCACAGACUGGGUAGUAAGUGGCGAUGAGUCGGUGAGAGCAGAGACAGAGGACACAGCCCUAUACACAUACAGCAACAAACCAGUUACAGAGCUGGAAAGAAUGAGUGUGCAGAGCUGAGGAAUGUUGAAAUACCUGCUGCCCUCACAAAGAAUAGGAGAAUGCCCCCUCCCAGCAUAGUAUCAAGUACCACUUUAUGUAAAUCCAGAGAAUCUGAGAGUCCAGGCAGCCACAGUUCCCCAGGGCUUCCCUUUAUAAAAGAGCAAGACUAAGGUUUUGAUAUUUAUGAAUUUGGAUCCUGUCUUAUGGGGGACACCUUCCUGACUUUUACUUCAUCAACAUUUGUCAUUUUAACCACUGCUAAAUCACCUGGUCUUCACAUGAGAGAUGGGUCUUUGUAAACGGAAUACAAAUUUCAGAAGGAUACACUGUUAUUGGACUUAAAGGGCUUACAUGAACCCGUAAGCAGUGCUAAUUAAGAAAAUGCUGCAUGCAGGAAUCCAAGAACAUCUAAGUACCCCACAUGCACAGCUACUUCUUAUAAACCUACUAACAUGUGGUCUGGAGGUGUGCCUGGCUGCAGGGGUCACAUUCGUUCCCCCUCUUCUCUUGGAAGCUGGAGUGGAAGGCAAAUUCAUGACAAUGGUGUUAGGUAUUGGACCUAUCGUUGGUCUUCUAGUUGUUCAUCUCAUUGGAUCUGCUAGCGACAGCUGGACUAGCAGGUAUGGCCGUCGUCGCCCCUUUAUCUGGCUUAUGUGCGUUGGAGUGAUGUUGAGCCUCAUUAUCAUUCCUUACUCCAGUCACCUUGCCAGUCUGCUAGGUGCCAAUCAUGCUGGAAUAGAGGUUGCUUUCCUAGUGCUGGGCAUAGGACUGUUGGACUCCUGUGGACAGGUUUGCUUGACGCCUUUGGAAGCUUUGCUCUCUGACCUUUUUCCAGAGGGAGAGAGCUGCAGAAGGGCAUUCUCUGUGUAUGCACUGACAGUUGGACUUGGAGCCUGCAUUGGAACUAUGUUGCCAGCUGUGGACUGGAGCGGUAUUUGGCUGGCAAAGCAAUUAGGUGGGCAAGAGCAGUUUCUCUUCCUCUUACUACUUGUUAUUUUCACUGGAUGUGUCAUUGCAACAUUCUUUGUCUCUGAAGAACUGAAGCCAAGUAUUAUACAAGUGGAAGUGCCAGGAGAUCACCCAGUCAGAAAAGGACCUUGUCUACAGGCUUGUCAGUUGUGGACGUUUCCCCUCAGAGCGUGGCAGCUGGUGCUGACAUUAAGAAGCAUGUGUGCAUUGUUUCCACGGCUCAGGACAUUCUGUUGCAAAGUGCCCAUUGCUCUUUGGCACCUGUUUGUAGCACAGUUGUGCUCCUGGAUGGGUCUUAUGACCUUUAUGCUCUUUUACACUGACUUUGUGGGUGAGGGUCUGUACAAAGGUGUUCCAGUAGCAAAGCCAGGCACAGAAGACAGACUGCGUUAUGAUGAAGGAGUAAGAAUGGGAAGCAUGGGACUCUUCCUUCAGUCUGUAAUUUCUAUGAUGUUCUCCUGCUCAAUGGAGUAUCUAAUCAAGAUGUUUGGCACCCGGUCAAUUUACAUUGCUAGCAUUGUCUGCCUCCCAUUGGCUACAAUAGUCAUGUGCUUCACAAGCAGCGUUACCAUUGUGACAAUAUCAGCUGCCAUGACAGGCUUCACCUUCUCUGUUCUCCAGAUUGUGCCAUACACCCUCACAACAUUUUAUCACAAUAACCGUCAAAUGCAGCUGCCCAAAUAUAAAGAUGCUGGUGUUUAUAAUAAUGUGACUGAGAAAGAGCAAAAGACAGGAUUCCAUAAAGACACCCCAAAUGGUGUGUCACUGUUCCCAUCUCACUCACCUCCACUGUGCCUGGACCCAGACUGUGAUGGAGCUGUCACUGUAGCAGAGCCUUCUGCACCAAAGCAUGGAAUCUGCCUCGAUAUGGCCAUCCUAGACAGUGCCAUUCUUCUAUCACAGGUGGUGCCAUCACUCAUCAUGGGUUUUAUUGUGCAGAUGACACAGACAGUCACAGCAUACGUUGCUGUUGCCGCAGCCUUUGGAUUUAUAGCCAUCUACUUCUCCAACAAAGUGGUGUUUGAUAAAAAUGACUUGACCAAACUGACAGCACAUUAGUGCAAAAAACAGUAAAGGCUCUAUCUGGCCUGAAAUCUUAGUUAACUUAUCUUACAGAGGUUCAGUUUAAUGUCUGCAAUAUGUCCUACCAGAGAAUUUUAUUUAAAAACUGAAUGGGAGACUGGA